AUGAAGGACCGGGACUCGGGGAAACCCGCCACCUACACCGUUGACAAAAAAGCUAAAAUGGCGGCCAAGAGCGACAAAAAGUGGGUGAGGGCGGUGACGGUGUCGGGGUACGUGGUGUCGGUGUGUCUGGCCGCGGUGGUCCUGGCCGUGUACUACGGUCUCGUAUGGAAACCCGCCAACCCGCUGACCGGCGGCGCGGCGCUGCUGACGGUCAGCGCCCCAGCGGGAGGACCGGAAGGUACCGACCCCGAACCCACAGGAAGGAGUCAGACGGACGACCCCGGAGGAGCGCUCACCUCCCGUUCAGGCACCGCCGCGUCUCCCGGCGUGGCCGCGGAGGACCCGGCCAACCUGCCGACACACGGGACGGCGAGGGAGCAGCGGGAGCAGGAGGAGCAGGAGGAGCGCAGAACCUCGGACCGAAGCAGAACCUCGGACCGAAGCAGAACCGCAUGA